GCUGGAUCUGAAUUGAAUUGAUAGAGAGAGAGAGAGAGAGAGAGAGAGAGAAGAAUAUGAUUUUAAAUACGAAAUCGACUCAUUCAAAGAUGAGGUGCGUGAGUGAGGGGCAACUUGUACCAGAUCAAAAGAGGGCAACUUAUACGCAUUUCGUAGAGGAGUACGACUGGCUGUAGUUUGAAGUACUCCAAUUGGUAGCAGAAGUUUCGUAAACAUAGAGAAAAGUCGUUUUUGACCAAAUUGCUCAAAAAACAAACCGUGAGGGCUCGUCAAAUGCGCGUCGUCUGUGUUAAUAUAGAGGCAGAGGAGCAUCUUUCGGUCCCUUUCCCCUGCUCUAACUCAAAUUCAAAAUCGCAUCAUAUACACAGGGAGAUCAAGGGGCAGUGAGUGGUAGCCAGCCCUUUUGUUUGUUUUCCCCCUCCGUCCAAAGCUCGAAAAGCACCGAUUUUUUUAUUGCAAUUGGCGUGAAAUUGCAACUACUACAACCAUAUUAGCCGUAUUUAACCCAAUUUGUCCACAACUCGUUUUGAGUACCUUAUAGGUGUCAUUGCCCUGUCUCUCUCUCAAGUGUCUUCUCCUCCCAAUUUUAAAUCAGCAAUUUGGUGGAGGAAAAGACGAGAGAAGCCAUGGAAACUGCAGCAGCGGGAAGUCAGCGCAAGCGCAGCAGUCUCAUCAAGGGGAACACUAGCUCAUCCUCCUCGUUUCGGCUUCGAUCCCCGAGUCUCAACUCCGUUCGUCUACGUCGGAUAUUCGAUCUGUUUGACAAGAACAAUGACGAAAUCAUAACGGUGGAUGAGCUCAGCCAAGCACUCCAACUCCUGGGCUUGGACGCCGAUAUGUCCGAGUUAGACAGCAUGGUCAAGUCCCACAUUAAACCGGGCUCCAUAGGCCUUCAAUUCGAAGACUUCGAAUCCCUACACAGAUCACUGAACGACGCCUUCUUUGGGAUCGAUGAGGAUAUGGGCGUAGGAGGAGAUAAUGAGGAAAAGGCGUGCCAGCAGGCGGAAUCAGACCUGUCGGAGGCAUUCAAGGUGUUCGACGAGGACGGCGACGGCUACAUAUCGGCGAGGGAGUUGCAAGCGGUGCUUGGGAAGCUUGGAUUGCCCGAAGGCAGAGAGAUGGACAGAGUGGAGCGCAUGAUCCUCUCCGUUGACCACAACCACGAUGGCCGUGUUGACUUCUUCGAGUUCAAGGACAUGAUGCUACGCACCGUCAUCGUCCCCUCCUCUUAAUCAUUGUUAAAAUCAAUUACCAUAGUAUUACAUGUAUUUAGAUCUCUCUCUCUCUCCCUCCCUCCCUUCAGCGUUUCCUCCUUUGUUCCUUUGGCUUUUUGCUCAUCCUUUUUAGUCUGUCUGUCUGUCUGUCUACCUCUGUAUCCAUCAUUAUGGUGAUAGUAUAUGUGUAGCCACCGCCUGGGAUUAUCUCAAGUGAAGUAAGCUAAGCAUGUAAUUUCAGUUUUAAUCUUAUAACAUGUUAUCAAAUCUUCUAUUCCA